AUGUCGAAUUUGAUUACAGACAGAGACUCUACGUUUUUGAGUUAUUUUAUUCCUUCUGAUGACCCGAAACUUCUCCCUUCCUACCGGUUUAUGUUUCAGGAAUGCACUGAGUUGAAACACUGUAAUCAUAAAAUGCAGGCUUGGAGAUUUCCAGGUGAAGUAGAAGCGUACAACGACGACGGAGAAGAAUAUUCAGGGCAGAAACUUUUAAAUACAUUGGUAAAAGAAUCCGUCUAUGGGAUCGUAGUCUGUGUUCGAUGGUACGGCGGUCAACUACUAGGACCUAUUCGAUUCCAACACAUAGUGGACACAGCAAAAAGUGCUAUACAAAAAUAUAAGAAACAUAUAGAGGAAAAUAAGAAGAAAGAGGCAUGGGUCCAUGCCACCAUAAUUCAGCAGCAACAGCGUCAGCCUCGAUCUGUCAAUCCUUUGGAUCAGAAGGUUCGUCAGGUAAUAGCUAAAGAUCGUACUGUUAAUCUUUUGCGCAAGACACUUGGAUUUCCUCCUUUACAAGAAGUUGAUUAUCAUUCAAAAUCGUUGAGCACUUUGGACAUGUUAUUGCAAAGUCGAAACAGUAUGAUCAGUGCAUUGCGAUCCGAAUUACAGAAAAACAAAGAAGGCAAAGAAGAAGGAAAAUCUGAAAUAUCUAAAGAACAGGAGGAUACUAAAACUAAAGAGGAAUUCGGCAAUGAGAGUCAUUCCACAGAACAACCAGUGGAUGGUACACUACCGUCUGAGGUUUCGACAGUGAAGGAUCCUUUCCAUAAAAAACAAAAUGGUGAGUCUUAA